UAAUAACACACACUAACCGGAAAUCGAUAAGCUUCUUCUUUCUUUUUCUGUGUGUCUUUUUGCGCAGCCUUUUGAGCCACGAUACAACAAUGCCUCCCAAAUUUGAUCCUACGGAAGUAAAAUUGGUGUACAUGCGAUGUGUGGGUGGCGAAGUUGGAGCUACAUCUUCCCUUGCCCCUAAAAUCGGUCCACUUGGUCUGUCCCCUAAAAAAGUAGGUGAUGACAUUGCCAAGGCUACUUCCGACUGGAAAGGUCUGAAGAUCACCGUGUGUCUGACAAUUCAAAACAGACAGGCAACCAUCUCUGUGGUUCCAUCGGCUGCGUCUCUGAUCAUCAAGGCCCUGAAGGAACCUCCACGUGAUCGCAAGAAGCAAAAGAAUAUUAAGCACAGUGGCAACAUCGCCUUUGAAGAUAUCUUGGCCAUUGCACGUACAAUGAGGCCCAGGUCGAUGGCCCGUGAACUGAAAGGAACCUGCAAAGAAGUCCUGGGCACCGCCCAGAGCGUUGGAUGCACUGUCGAUGGCAAACAUCCCCAUGAUGUUAUUGACGAGCUCAAUGACGGCUCGCUCGAGGUCCCCGCAGAAUAAACGAUUUCUUUUUGACAAAGACUAAAUAAAUCGUUUGUGUUACACUUUGUAAUAACUGAAUUA